CGCUGCACUUUUUUCCAACCUUUCCUCUCAGCUCUGAGUUCAAUUUUCCUCUCCCUUUUUUCUCCAUAUUUCCCAUUUUUUCCUCACUUUCAAUUACCUUUUCUUUCCCACUUCAGUAUCCAUACACUUUCCACCCAAUUAUUUGCUGGAUUUGGAAUCCCUUUUUAUUACUUCUCAAAGUUAGCAACUGUUGGGCAAUAAUCCAUUCAUUUCUAAGCUUUUCUCCACAGAGCUUGAACAUCAGGAGCCUGGAAAGCUGGUUCAGCUUUAAAGUCAAACUGCACCAGUUUCUUGAACCUCAGAUUCUUCUUCUGUCAAGUUUGAAUUAAUUGAUGGAAAACAAUCGUGGAGUUGUCAAAAGAGAUGAUCACAUGGAACUGCCCCCUGGAUUUCGGUUCCACCCGACGGAUGAAGAGCUCAUCACUCAUUAUCUGUCGAAGAAGGUUCUUGAUUCCAGUUUCUCUGCUGUAGCCAUUGGAGAGGUGGACAUGAACAAUGUUGAGCCCUGGGAAUUGCCUUGGAGAGCGAAACUCGGGGAAAAGGAAUGGUAUUUUUUCUGUGUGAGGGACAAGAAAUAUCCAACUGGGACGAGAACAAACAGGGCUACAACAUCAGGGUACUGGAAAGCCACUGGAAAAGACAGAGACAUAUUCAGGGGGAAAGCCCUGGUGGGAAUGAAGAAAACUCUGGUUUUCUACAAGGGGAGAGCUCCCAAAGGCGAAAAAACCAAUUGGGUCAAUCAUGAAUACAGAUUAGAAGGAAAAUUCCAUCUCCAAAACCUUCCAAAAUCAGCGAAGAAUGACUGGGUGAUCAGCAGGGUGUUUCAGAAGACUUCCAGCGGGCAAAAGGUACACAUAUCAGGCCUGACGAGAAUGGACUCUCAAGGAAAUGAAAUGGCUCCAGAGCACGUACACUGCUUCUCCAGUUCCCUUGCAACUCCCCAGAAAAUCCAGGAAGAUUCAGUCACCUGUUUCAGCAAUUCCGUUUUACAAUCCUCUUCGGAUCCUGUGGGUUCUUGUUUUAAGCCUGAUCCGUUUUCCAGGGGACAAUUCGUUCAAAUACAGGGGGAAACAGGGUUCGGGUUCCCCGGAUCAAUUCCAGUCCAGGAUUCAUCAAUUUUCAGGACUUUGGUCGGGAAUUAUGGGCAUAAUUACAUGAAUCAGGGAUUCAGAAAAGUGAAAGAAAGGGUCAGUGUCUCCCAGGAAACUGAAAAUUCUUCUGUUGUGUCUAAUCUUGGAAUGGGAAAGAGAUCUUUUGAAGAACAGGAAGCUCCAUCAUCCUCGGUCGGGCCACAUGAUCUUGAUUGCUUUUGGAGCUACUGAAAUUUAGCAGUAAUAGUGGGAAAGAAAGGUAGACGAUAUAGAAUAAUACAUUUCUAUAUUUUUUUCGCUAUUAUGAUCAGAAAAUGAUUGUCUGUGCAUAGAAAUUAUGUAGAAUUUUUUUUAUGUGGCAUGAAGUUGUAGUAAUUCUUA